UUAAGUUCGCUAUCUCUCCAUACUCCCAAUUUGCUCUCAGAACAAGAGCCCUUUCACAAACUCCUUUUCCUUGUUGUCUGUUAUACUACUGGCGGGCCCGAUGACCGAAGUGGCAAGCUCAGUGGUGCACGAGGUUCUCGGCCGGAGAGCCCUGGACGUGGACCAGCCGAUUAUUGACUACAUCGUCAACGUCCUUGCGGAUGAGGACUUCGAUUUCGGUGAGGAUGGCGAGGGCGCUUUCGAUGCCAUCGGCGAGCUCCUCGUUGGCGCGGAAUGUGUCACCGACUUCAAUGAGUGCCGCUUGGUUUGUAGUAAACUGACUGAGAAGUUUGGGAAGCAUGGGUUAGUGAAACCGAAACCAACUGUGCGGAGCCUUACGGCGCCUUUAAGAAUGAAUGAUGGAAUGGAUGAGGAGGUUCCGAAGAAGAAGCCUGAGGUGAUAGACGGUCCAGUUUUGACUGAACGUGACAAAGCCAAGUUAGAAAGGAAAAAGAGGAAAGACGAACGCCAGAGAGAGGCCCAAUACCAAAUUCAUCUGGCUGAAAUGGAAGCGGUUAGAGCAGGGAUGCCUGUGGCAUGUGUGAAUCAUGAGAGGGCUGGUGGGCCGGCUGUGAAGGAUAUACAUAUGGAGAACUUUAAUGUUUCUGUGGGCGGACGUGAUCUUAUUGUGGAUGGUUCAGUUACUCUUUCUUUUGGAAGGCAUUAUGGUCUUGUUGGAAGAAAUGGUACAGGAAAAACAACUUUUCUCAGGCACAUGGCUAUGCAUGCUAUUGAUGGUAUUCCUCCAAACUGCCAGAUAUUACAUGUUGAGCAAGAAGUGGUAGGGGAUGAUACAUCUGCCUUGCAGUGUGUUCUUAACACUGAUAUUGAAAGAACUCAGCUUUUGGAAGAAGAAGCAAGUUUGCUUGCUCAACAGAGAGAAUUGGACUUUGAGGAUGCAACUGAAAAGAUAAAUGGUUCAAUGGACAAAGAUGCUAUUGCUCAAAGGCUUGCGGAAAUAUACAAGAGACUUGAUGCCAUUGAUGCUGAUUCGUCAGAAGCACGUGCAGCUACCAUUCUUGCUGGCCUCAGUUUCUCUCCAGAAAUGCAAAGGAAGGCCACAAAGACAUUUUCUGGAGGGUGGCGAAUGCGAAUUGCUUUGGCUCGUGCUUUGUUUAUAGAGCCUGAUUUGUUGCUACUUGAUGAACCUACGAAUCAUCUUGAUCUUCAUGCUGUUCUAUGGCUGGAAUCAUACCUGGUGAAAUGGCCAAAAACGUUUAUUGUUGUUUCUCAUGCUAGAGAAUUUUUGAACACGGUGGUCACAGAUAUUCUUCAUCUACAUGGACAAAAACUGAAUUCUUACAAAGGGAAUUAUGAUACAUUUGAGAGGACACGUGAGGAACAGAUGAAGAACCAACAGAAGGCAUUUGAGGCGAAUGAACGAUCAAGAUCCCAUAUGCAGGCAUUUAUUGAUAAGUUCCGCUACAAUGCGAAGAGAGCAUCUCUUGUUCAGUCAAGAAUCAAGGCAUUGGACCGGAUGGGUUAUGUAGAUGAAGUUGUUAAUGACCCUGACUACAAGUUUGAAUUUCCAACUCCAGAUGAUAGGCCUGGGCCGCCUAUAAUAAGUUUCAGCGAUGCGUCAUUUGGUUACCCUGGUGGCCCAAUAUUGUUUAAGAAUUUGAAUUUUGGGAUUGAUCUUGACAGCCGCAUAGCAAUGGUUGGGCCAAACGGCAUUGGCAAAUCAACUAUACUCAAACUAAUUGCUGGCGAGCUACAGCCAAGCUCUGGAACAGUUUUCCGUUCAGCUAAGGUUCGCAUAGCUGUUUUCAGUCAGCACCAUGUUGAUGGGCUUGACCUAUCUUCAAAUCCCCUCUUGUAUAUGAUGCGCUGCUUCCCUGGAGUGCCUGAGCAGAAGCUUCGAGCUCACUUGGGUUCUUUUGGUGUAACUGGAAAUUUAGCGCUUCAACCUAUGUACACUUUGUCUGGUGGUCAGAAAAGUAGAGUUGCAUUUGCAAAGAUUACGUUCAAGAAGCCACACAUAAUAUUACUUGAUGAGCCAUCCAAUCAUCUUGAUUUGGAUGCUGUGGAGGCGCUAAUUCAAGGACUUGUUUUGUUCCAAGGAGGAAUUCUCAUGGUUAGUCACGAUGAGCAUUUGAUAUCUGGAAGUGUAGAAGACCUAUGGGUGGUAUCAGAAGGUAGGGUGGCACCAUUCCACGGGACGUUCCUGGAUUACAAGAAGAUACUUCAGUCCAAAUAGAAAUAGAUACUGGAAUUACAUUUACAUAUUUUUGUUUUGGAGGAUAUCAUAGGUUUAGUGCGAGAGUUCUCAUUACUAUAUGAAAUUGUUUUUGUUUUUGUCUUCUUAGUUAUAAUUCAUAUAUGUUAAAAA